AUUUGAAUUACUAUAUUCGUGGUUUAUCGUAAUUACUAUAACCGUAACUUUCAGAAUCUAAAUAAACAAAAUUUCAUCAUAGAUCGGCGCGAAAUCAAGUUAGACUAUUCACGUAUGUUUUUAUAAUUGUGCCAAUUUAAUGAGAAAUAUAUAUUGUAUAAUAGUUUAAAUUUCUAUUUUUAAGUAUGGAACUUCAAGAAAUUUUGGACUCUGUACCGUUUCACGAACUGCUGCAAACGAUUCAAAAGAAAGCGAGAACAGGUAACAAAGAAGUUAGCAGUUAUAUUAGAGGUAUUUUACAAGGCUACUCGGAUGUUUCUGAUGAAAGUGAGAAACGUCGAUUUGAAACUUUCAAAUGUGCUCUAUCAAUUCUUCAAAUAACUGAUGUAUCUAAUAGUUUAGUCUCAGAUAUUGUUAGUAAUUUACUAAUAAAAAUCGAUACCUUCCAUACAUCCUAUCUUGUAAAGUUGGCUGAAUUUCUUAUAGAUUACGCCAAAACAGCUUCUGACUCUAAUUCUAAAUGGUUAGAAAUACUUGCUAAAGUAUUGUCAUGUUUAUACGUACGAGAUACGAUUGUUCAUCAGGGUGCAGAUAUGUCUGGUAAAGAAUUGAGAAAAGAUAUUCUAUCAUCUUUGCUUUCUGAAAAUCUAGAUAUUCCAAUCAUGAUUCAGCUAACUUCAGUACUCAAAGAUAUUGAACUCUCUGAUGAUGAAUUAAAACUUGUGUCAGAAAAAUUACUGCAACUUUUGCCUACAGUUGAACUCAAUAACUUGCCUUCUUUUGUAUAUCAGCUUUUACUAUUUUCUUCUAAAGGAAAUCGACAACAAAUUUUUCAAAAUGUCUCAUCCUACUUCAUUAAAAAAGACGAUGAACUGAUUCAUAAAUCUGACGACGAACGUAAUAGUGAGGAUUUAAUUGAUAAUGACGAUGAGGUAGUUUACCGCCAAACUGAGGGUACAGUAAUCCUCAUGAUAUCUGAUAGUUCAAAGCAUGACCAAACUAUUUGCAAAGAGUUUUGUGCUUUGUUGAAGAAAAUUCAACAUCAAACUGGAAUUAUGUUUUUGCCAUUCAUUUUUGCAUGCUCAUUAUCUUUGUCUAAGAGUGUAUCUGGCAAAGAUGAAAUAUUUGACGUAUUAAAAAAAUCUUUAUUGUCAGCAUAUGAUUUAAAAAAGAAGAAGAAAAUAUCUCACUGGCUGCGAGAAAUGGUUCCAAAUAAUGUUGACAUGUUGGCACUGAUCAAAGAAACCAUAAAGUGUGGCCGUUAUGGUUGGGAUCAUAUUUGUCAAGGUCUGGUUAAAUUUGGCUUUUCAGUGAUUGAUACAUUUGGGCCACGAUAUGUGUUAGGAGGAACAGCAGUAAAAACGGAUUCUGAGGAAGGAUGUGCUUUAGGGAGUCAUAUUUUAAGAGACACUUUUAAAAAUUAUCGUAUUGUUAGGUUGGAAAUUCUGGAUCAAAUUCUGAACAGAAUUAUUACAAAGUCUCAGAAACCUGUAAAACAUUACAUAGAUAUUUUAUCCCAAAUUGUUCAAAGUGAUCCUUUAUUUCUUCUUGAAAUUCUUCCCAAAUUAGUUGAGAUUUUAGAUUUUAUCCAUCUUGUACCACAUUCCAAUGCCAUUGACAUUCUUUCAGCGCUUGCCCCGUUGCUGAGAAUAAGUGCACCUUUGAAAGACACUUUAAUGCUCGUUUUAAGGAAAGCUUUAUUUCAUAGAGAUGUUAGUGCCAGAAAAGUAGCUGUAAGUGGCUAUUUGAUGAUUCUGAAAAAGUUAACUUCUAUCGGUAGAGUAUCCCUGAGCCAAAGCCAGACAUCUUUCAGUAGUCAAGCUUCUUCUGCAUCAAUGAUAUCAACUCAAGUUAAAGCUGAUGUUUAUGUUAGUGCUGGUAAUCCAACCUCUAAAACAAUGUGCCUUGAAAUUAUGGGUCUAUUGAAAAGAAUUUUAAUGCAGCAAGGUACUGUACGUCAGUUAUUAUAUGAAAACUUAUAUGAUGUCACACUGCAAAAUAAAUCCUUGAAAGACAUUGUGCUUGAACUCUUAUUGGGACAAAUAGAAAAAUACUAUGAUAAAUCUGACGGUGCUACCCUGCCAUUGCAUUUCAACUUGUGUCUUCAAGAUCAACAAGGAACUCUUAUUCUAGAAGAACCUUUAGCCCAUCUUCUUUGUGUAAUACACUUAAUUUUGUAUGAAGCUGGAGAUGUUUCUGAAAUUGAUGAAGAAGAUUAUGAUCAAAGUGCUCAAAAAAUGUUGUAUGACUUGUUUCAAAACUUGUUGAAAAAAUUGCCUGAUGUAGAUGUAACGGAUCUCAAUGUUAAUGCAAAAGAUCCUGAUGAAUCAAACAGCACAAGUUUAAAAUCGAGUCUUAUAUUAAAUUGUUACGAAACAUUAAUGGAAUACUCUCUAAUGCUAAAUAAAGAGUAUGAUUCUGAACUCUGUGAGGAGUUUGUGAAACUUUUUGAUAAAUACAAUGAAAUACUACAAUUAUUAAAUACAAAGAAACAAAAGAAGCCCAAAGCAAAGAUUGUUAAUGUAACUUCUCCAAUGCAUGUUACUAUUAGAUUUUUUGCAAGGGCUCUAGAGGGUAUUUUUACUGAUGGUAUUUUUAAACAUCAAGACGGCUUAAAUGUUUUGAGGAAUAAUUCUGCAUUUGUUCUAUAUAUUGUUACAGUUUGUAAUCAAAAGUUAUCAAAAUCUGCAGACACUGGUUUCAUUGAUAAUUUCUCUAAUGCAUUACCAAACUAUUUUUCUUAUUUAUCAUCCAUAGCAAAGGUCUAUUUUAAGGUUUACAUGGAAGGCUUGAAUAGUGAUUUUCCAAAAGCUCAUUACCCAACUCUGGAGUUAGAAAAACUACCUUUAACUUUUGCUGAAGGGCUGGCAUCAAUUUUCACUUAUGUUACUUCUUUCAAACUAAAGAAUGCUGGUAAAUUCAUAGUAAAUCUUUGCAAUCAAGACUCCCUUUCAUCUAGUCAAGGAAUUAAAUUUGUAUUGAAAUCCAUUCAGAAGACUAUUGUCAAAUUAUUAGCUGAUACUGAAAAUGAUAUUAGUGUCAAGGAAAUUGUGCCUUUAUUAUCCAUAAUUAAGACUUUGUAUGAUUCAUUUUCAAAUGAAUUUACAAGUGACAUUUACAAAUGGCUAAAACAACUUUGUUCUCAACAGACAUUUCAAAACUUAUCAAUUUCUAAGUCUGUUAUCUUUUUGUCUCUUAGCCUUGCUCAUCAUCAAUCGACUGACUUAACUUUCUUUCAAGAAGUUGCUUUUGAUAUACAUUACAACAUGGAGGACAUUGAUCCAGAUGAGAAUGUUGUAGGAUCACCUAAAUUUAGUAUAAUUACUCAAGAAGUAGCACGAAACAUUGUGCCUAACUUAAUAUACAAUUUAGAUUUAGUUAUGGAUGAAAUUGAAUGUUUAAUUAACUAUACAAAAGCAAAUACAUCAAUACCACCAGAACUGAUAUCUGUUGUUAAAGAUGCUGAUAAGUUCACUUUGGAACAAGGACUUUGUUCUCGGCUUUCUGAUUUUAUUCUGGUGUUGCAUGAAAUGGUGCAAACUAGUGUCCCUCCAGAUAAUGUUGCUAAUAAUGUUUUGAAAUUAGUGGCCAGAUUUUAUAAAUCUCUUUCCUCUCUCGCAAAAUAUUACCUUAUGCUUCACACUAAAUCUAAAUCUGUUCAAUUGCAUUCUGCUUUUGAAAAAUUGGUGAAAUUAUCCCACACAAAGCUAACAACAUUUGUUUAUAGUUUUAUUACUUAUCUUCAGGUUGUUUCAGAAGGAGAUAGUGGCGCCAAGAAAAAAGCCAACUCUGCUGCUACCUCAAAAGCUAUGAGAGAAAUAAAAACCAUUCCAACAUUAGUUUUUGCUAUUGAAUCUUACGAAAAAGAACUUAUUCUCCUUUCCAAAAAAUUCAAUAAAAGUUUAGUAAACCAUAUGAAACUUAGCACAGCUCGAGAUUUUCGUAUCAAUGCAUCUGCGAUUGCAUCUGUUCUUCAACAGCAAGAUGAAUCAACCAUGUCUUCUAUUGCAUCUAGUCAUCAUGAAACAGUUAAUCAGUCUGAAGUUGAAGCAGAGGCUAAUGAACAAUCUGAUGAACAUGUUACAAAUGAUAUUGAAGAAUCUCAUCAAAAUCAGUCUAAUGAUGAGUCUGUUCAUAAUGAAUCUGAUUCUUCUGUGCAGAAUGAACAAAUGGAAGAGGAAACUAACAAUUCAUCAGCAGUAAAUAGAAAUGCAUCUCUCCGACCCAAACAAAAUGUUGCCAAGAAAGAUAAGCCUAGAAAAGCUCUAAGAAGAAAUGUUUCACUCAGCUUAAGUCGACAUGCUACUAACAAUGAUAAAUCUACUCUUGAUGCAAGUAAAACUUCAAAAGUAUCUGGAGUAAAGAGAAAACCAGAAGAACCAAUAGAAGAAGAAGAAGCAAAUGAUUCAUCUUUCGGAAGGGGAAAAACGCCACUCCAACCUAAUCAAAAUGCCAAAAAAGAUAAACCUAAAAGCCAUUUAAAAAGAGAUACUUCACUCAGAUCAAGUCGAAAGGAUAAUAAUAAUGAGGAAUCUACACUUGAUGCAAACAAAAAUUCAAAAGUAUUAGGUGUAAAGAGAAAGCGCCUUGGUGUUAGAGCCACUGCAAAGAGACUAGAAUAAAUGAUAAGUAGGGAAAAAACAAUCCAAGACUACAAUAUUUCUGUUAAUUAAAUUAACUGAUUUAAAUUAAAACUUUGACAAUAGAAAAAGAAACCUGAUGCUUCUCUAAAGCAAUUUUUCACUUAUUUAAUUUAAAUGUAAUCUAAUAUUUUUUUUUUGUAUAUGUAUAUAAUUUUUCAUAAAAUUAUGUUACUUAUUUCUGUAUGAUUUGUCAAAAUACUCCCUGUUUAUUUCUUUGAAUUAAAUUUUACUACGAUACAGGUAAUUAUAUUUAAUAUUAAAUCAAAGGGUCAUUAAUUACUGCAUGUUAUGUACAGUACUCAAAAAAUCAAUAAAAUGAAUCAACCUGAAUAACUUUGAUACAAUGAUCAGAUUUUUAUGUACUAGAACUCUGCCUUAAUGGUUCGAGGGGAUAGCCUCAUGCUUAUUUAGUGCAGGCAAUAUAAGUUACAAAAUCAGACAUAAAUAUGUGUAUAUAUAUAUAUAUUUUUAAUAAACAUCCUUUUUGGAUUUCUGACCCUCAAAAUAUAUGGAGGAGAUGCGAUCUAAGAAAUAUGCUCCUAAUAGGUCAAUAAAAUGGUCAGUAGAGCAGUCCAAAGUUUGAACCCCUUAAUAUUAAUUUUACUUUUUUUCAUGGUUUGCCAUAUCUCAAGAAUUUUUUAGGUGAAUGGAAAAAUUUUUGCAUGGAUAAAUUCUUUUAUCCAAAGAUAAAGCCAUGGAAAAGAUAAUUUUUAGUAACUAUUUAUUAUUUUUUUUAAUAAUAGUUGAAACAAUUUAGUAUUAUAAGGGAUAUACAUUUUUACAUCUUUUUAAAGAAUAUAAUUUUACAAGGCGAAACAC